AUGGUGGACAUCAGGCCUCCAAAUCUAUCCGCAGCUCGAUGUCAGCACGACGAGAUGGAUGAAGACCAUUCUACUGUGACGGCAACCGCGUCCACAUCAUCAUACCAGAGCGGAGGGAGUUACAGCAGUGUUGCGGAUACCCACCACUAUCGACAAGCGGGAAUGGGUCCUGCCCGUGCGGAACAAUUCGCACCUAGUCAAGGCCACGCCGGCGUUCAAUGUUCGCCGCCCGCCCCGAGGUUCCCCAGAACGCCAAGACCGAGCGAGUCCUUGAUGGCCUGCCACCGAUACUCGCGAGUGGUGCGGGUGCUGGCCAUCCUCGAUGCGAUCAUUGUUUUGUGCGGCGCUUCCGCCUUCACGCCUUUAAUCCUCAUGAUAUGGGGUCCGAUCGCGGGUUACCUUGCGUCCAACUUUCGAUUAAGAGCAGCCUUCACGUUCCUCUUCUACUACGCCCUGAGGAUUUCUUGGGACAUCGGAUGGAUACUUAGCGGCGGGAUAAAGUGGGUUGUUGUCUGGGUGUUUCUGUUCACCGAUGUAGCCGCAUCGGGGCUGGUGUACUUCUUCGUGGUGCUUCUUUGUCGUUGUUCCGCCGCUGAGGUGGAGCAUCUGCGAGAUCCGAACACCGCGUGGGCGUCGGCGUUCUUCCCGCUCUCCGUCGGUGUCACGCCAUUCGGGGGAUCUCCGGACGACUAGAUGGAUAGUGCUUCACUGGCACGCUGUGGUUUGGCCGUUUAAUCCAUGUUAUUGCGUUGUUGCUGUUGUUGUUUGUUGGGGUUUGUGGUGUUCAUCUUGUUGUCUUCCUUCACAAGAAAACAGUUCGGCCCGCUAUCUCGUACGCCGUGUUCCGCGUGAAAACCUGGAAACGAUGGAAGUAUCAUAAUGAUCUGGCUUACGGCUCGAGAUACGCGUGUGAAGUGAUUUGAAAACUCUUAAGUUUCAUCAAGACCGGUCCCAAAGCACUCGAGCUGUCAGGAAGACGCUUGUGCAUGCGUAGCUGGUGUGUCUCGUGUGUGUGGCGCGCGCUUUGUAGGUGUACAUAUUGGCCGUGUGGUAGGCUACAGAUGUGGAGACGUCCAACGAUUUAUUCUCUCGGUUUCUGCAUGCUCGCAGUCUUCGACGCAUGGUGGCGCACCUUGUACAGUGUCAUCAUCAUCAUUAUUAUCGGUUUUCUUUGCCCAGUAUUUCAAACUUCAAUGUAGUUGCUCUUGUUUUGGUGAUAUUUUUCCCAGCUUGUUCAUGGGUUCAUGUAUGGCUACCGUAGAACAACCACAUCCCAUCAGGAUGACGUUCGCCUCAGGAAACACAGGUGCGCUCGAUGUCUGAAGUGCGCUGAGUACUUUCUCUCUACUGCACUAGGCUUUCCUUUAUUUUUUGUGUGGUUUGCUGUUUAUGCCGUCACGUUAUCAUGAGUCGGUCACCAUGUUCUGUGUUUAUCUGUUCUGGUAGUUAGGCGUGCAGGGUAUCAACGUACGGUAGGCCCUACUUUGUGCGCGUGGUGAGAUUGAAUGUGACAGAUGAUUCUUGACGACAAUGUGAAUGAGUGCGGUCUAACGGCCAAGGAGUAGUGU